AUGGAUAUCAGAGAAAAGUUCAAUUAUUACUAUUAUGAACAAGCAGAUCCACGUGUAACGGAUUGGCCUCUUAUGGGAAGCAUGUGGCCUACUUUUUUUAUACUAGUCAGCUAUGUAUAUGUUGUGUUCCAAUGUGGUCCACGUUAUAUGAAGAACAAGCCCGCAUAUGAUUUAAGGACGUUUAUUAGAUGCUACAAUAUUUUUCAAAUUGUAACAAAUGCUUAUAUAGUAAGAGAAAUAUUAGCUGUUUAUCCAGAUGCCGCAGCUUUACGAUGUGUUCCAGGAGAUUAUUCAACCACUCCGAGUGCUUUAAGAAUAGCAAGAGCAUGUUACUGGGUAUCAUUAUUGAAAGUCAUUGACCUGAUCGAAACUGUAAUUUUUGUGCUCAGGAAAAAAAAUAACCAAAUAACAUUUUUACACGUUUAUCAUCACAUAACGACUGUACUGGCUGCUUUAAUCUCCUUAAGAUAUGUUGCUACUGGAAUGGCAGUUUUUUAUCCAGCAACAAACUGUUCAGUUCAUGUCAUCAUGUACACAUACUACCUUCUCAGCAGUAUAGAAGGAAUUAAUAAAAAAGUCUACCCCUUUAAAAAAUACGUGACUAUUAUACAAAUGGUUCAAUUUGUGUUUUUAAUUUGUCAUGCCAUUAUCUCUCUCUUGCCAUCUUGUCCAGUACCAAGAUUACCAGGCCUUGCAAUGCUUCCAAAUGUGAUUUUCAACUUUACGUUAUUUUAUAACUUUUAUAAAAAAUCCUACAUGCAACCUAAAAAGAAAAAAGAAUAGGCACAAUUUUCAAAAUAUGCAAUCCAAUUUAAAACUCGACUCCUAGCAUUAUUGUUAGGUAAUAGAAAUAUCAAAUGUGUGACA